CAUAAGAUACAGAACGCUGGCUGUCCUAGAAAUCAAUACAUGACAGUUAAGACGGCAUCGUAUCGUGGACUGCGCGCGGGACAAACUUGCAGUUCAACUUAUGGUUACAGUUGUAGCUUUGAUGUAACAUGUUCUCUGAAACGAUACUGCAAUGGUCGAAACAAGUGUGAUGCAACUGUCAAUGAUAAUCUCUUGCCUCCCAAUAUUUGUCCCGGUUUGAACAAGUAUCUUUACUUUGAAUAUCAAUGUGGCAACACACAGAAGUCUUUCAAUGAGAUUUGUUAUCUUGACAAUGUACAGUUGUCACAGUCGAUAAUGCCAAACGAAGGAGUUGUGAACCUUAUGACCAAGUACGAUGGAAACUUUGCUGUAUGUGAAGAUAGUUCAUUGAAUCGAUUCAAAGACGAAAUUUGCAAUCGAUCUGGUUACCCAAACGCUGAAUCUAUCAAAAGUUGGACGCCCCGCGCAUCUUUAGGCAAUUUAGUAUUCCAACCUGGACGGGUAACAUGCAAUGCCCAAGCGACACAUUUACCUCAGUGCUCCAUCACAAAAAGAGUCAGCUGUUCUCGAUAUUCAUACUUGAAAUGUCACAUCUGUGGUAGACCACUCUUAGAAGACAAGCAACGGUUCCCAGAUUCCUUGUUUACCUCUUUGGACGCAAGCACAUGUAAUAGUGCUUAUUCUUCCAGAAUAUCCAGUGGUAGUUCAUGGUGUGCUUCUGUUGCUGAUGGUAACCAUUACCUUCAGCUGAGAUUUGGCAGACUUUACGUAAUCAACACCAUCGCGAUUUUUGGAGACCAGAAACUCCGUAGUUGGACGACCGAAUUUCACGUGAACACCACGCUCGAUCAUGUGAACUGGAUAUCAGUUUUGAAUAAGAAUUUGAGUAAGGUCUUUCAAGGGAAUAAGAAUUCUCACACUGCAGCCGUACACAAUUUUACCACAGCAAUCAAAACGAAAGGUUUACGAAUCAUACCGGUGAAUUACGUACAUCGACCGUGCAUGCGCAUUCAAAUUUGCGGUGGAACUUUGCUUCCUGACGAACCGGCAAACCUUACAGUCACAAAAAUUGCGUCAAGAUACGUUGAUAUAUACUGGAUGGAUCCAAAAAACACUCAAGUGAUUCCUGGUACAGAUCAUGCCAAUCCUUUGACGGAAUUUCGCUUCGUCAUUAGAAAUAAUUUGACCGUAACGUUAAACAUAACUAUUUUGGCAACCAUGAGAAGGCCCUACAAGUUGGGAAAUCUUCUUCCUAACACGAAGUAUUCAGCAUAUGUAACCGCUGGAAACUCUAUGGGUUUCGGAAGUGCAGCAACUAUUUUAUUCACAACAAGAGAAGAAGCACCAAGUGGUCCGCCAUUAAACAUCAGAUCAACAUCUCGAAGUUCAUCUUCUUUAACAUUUGCUUGGCAUCCACCUGAAAAGAACAAACAACAUGGCGUCAUUGUCAGCUACACAUCUUGUCUCUCCAAGAUUAAAAAUGGCAGUUGUUUCAAAACAUUCACAAGCACCAAUCGAGAAUGGUCAGUGAUGAAACUGAACGCAUCUACAAAAUAUUUUUUCAAGUUUUGCCAGUACUAAGGCAGGUCAAGGCGUCAGCAGUGAAAGUAAAGGAUUUUAUACAAAUGGAGCUCCGGUGAAGAAGUCUACAGCACCAACAGCAAGAACAUUGACGUUUGAUCUGGAUAUUCCAAAUGAAUUUUUAUAUUUCUACAUCGUGGCUUUAAAAGCAGAGAACGGUGAAGAUCCACGGACGCCUGACAAAUACAAAGAAAGCGAACUUGUGACGUAUGAAGAGGCAAUAAAUUCCACCGAAUCUAAACCGUAUAUUGCUGCAGUUGUUCGUAAGUACAGCGGUUUGGAUGAAAUGCAGUUCAUACUUGGUGAUGGUCGAAAUACAAAUAAACCAACAACAAGGAAACGUAGAUCAACUACAAGCAGUUUUUAUAACGGACCUUUGGAGCCUGGCACGAAUUAUAGAAUUUUUCAGAGAGUUGUUCUUAGCAAUGGAGACCGUUACUCAAGUGAAUGGAGCGAUGUCUCGACAACAAGUCGAUAUGAA